AAAAAUAGAUUUUCUUCACGUAAUCAAAGCAUAAAUGUACAGACGUGGCUCCAAUUGAUUGGACUGCCAAUGUGCAUGCGCCACUUCGUCCGCACCACAUCUAAACUCCUUAUUUCGCAGAACCACACAAGCCAACCAACAAGAUAGAACAGGAAAUCAAAAAAUUGAAAAGCACAGGCUGCGCAGUCUGCGAAUCCCAAAUCCAAAUGAGCAACACCGUCGUCCUCAUCCGAACCCUUAAUCCUCUAAGGCCAACCACCUUACUCCUCCCAAAACCCUGGCCUAGCCGCUGCCGCCGAUCCAUCAGAGCCGGUCCCGCUGGGGACGACGGCGCGCCACCGCCGGCGACUACCCCUGUUACUCCGACGGAGACCGUGGAGAUCAGGUUCAGGAGGGGGUCGAGAAGGCGGUCGAGGGUGAGGGAGGAGGGCGACGGCGGAGGAGCGAAGGAGGCGGAAGCUGCGGCGGCGAAGAAGGAGUGGAAGGAGAUGAGCGCGGCGGAGAAGGUAGUGGAGAUGUACGUGGGAGAGAAGGGACUGCUGUUCUGGCUCAACAAAUUCGCGUACGCAUCCAUCUUCGCGAUAAUCGGAGGAUGGAUAGUGUUUCGAUUCGUAGGGCCUGCGCUGAACCUGUACCAGCUGGAUGCUCCUCCCCUCUCCCCUUCCUCCGUGUUCAAGGGAUCAUGAACCCGUCGUUGAUUCAUGAUUGUAGCAACAAUUUGGAGAGAAAUUGAAAUAGUCUAUUUCGAUGCCUUCCAUCUUUUCUACCAGUAGAUUGAUUACUGCAAGUUCAAUACGAUUCAAAUAAUAUUGUUUAAAGUUCAGAAUA